AUGGCGGAAGAAUCUAUGCCCUCGAGGCAGCUGUGCGAAUUCCUCAAAACAUUGCCCCGCGUCCACGAGAAUCGAUACACAGAGCAAGCGGAACGCGAUCUACUACAAAGUCUCUUCUGGUCUCUGGCCGGCGGGGAAACCGAACAGUUAAACCUUUUUUUCCCAGAGAACUCGAGGCCAUCAGCUACUGAGUCAUGGAAGCUGAGAAAGGCGCAAGGAGGAACCGAUGGCGACGAGUUUACCGAGGCGGCCAGAGGGAAGGUUUGCGGACAUAUAUUUAAGAACGGAGAAGCUACAUAUCGAUGCAAAACUUGCAGUUCCGAUGACACCUGCGUACUCUGCAGUCGUUGUUAUGAUUCCUCGGAUCAUACGGGACAUAUGGUAUAUGUUAGUGUGUCAUUGGGCAACAGCGGAUGUUGCGACUGUGGAGAUCCAGAGGCAUGGCGUUUACCAGUACAUUGCUCGAUACAUACAAUACACGGUCCUGGCUCACAGAGUGAGAACAAGGGAAAAGUAGCCGGUCUGCCAGAUGAAUUGGUGGAAAGUAUACGGAUGACCAUUGGAAGGGCCUUUGAUUAUAUUUGCGAUGUUAUAUCAUGUUCGCCGGAACAACUACGAUUACCCAAAUCGAAAGAAUCUAUACAGUUGGAUGAAAAGAGAUCACGGCUGACGUCAUCGUACUAUAAUGGAGAUAUCAUUGAGGAUCCAUGUGAAUAUGCACUUCUCCUAUGGAACGACGAAAAACACACGGUCAACGAGGUUCGAGAUCAGGUGGCAAGGGCUUGCAAAGUGACGAACGCGGAGGGUAUGCAGCGAGCACAUGAGACCGAUGAUAUUGGUCGAAGUGUCAUUAAAUAUAGCACCGACAUCGACAACUUGUUGAAGGUCUCCAAAGUUGUUGAACAGAUCAAAGUUACAGUGACUAUCCGUUCUGCUCGGGAUACCUUCAGGGAGCAGAUGUGUGGAACCAUAAUUGAAUGGCUCAGUGAUAUUUCUGGUUGCAGUGUCGGCCCAGAUCACAAUAUAUUACGUCAGGUCGUCUGUGAAGAGAUGCUCAAGCCGUGGAGUCGGGGAAGCGAGGCUAGUAAUGCUGACAUAGGGUUGAGUGGAAUCGAUGAUCAUGAAAGGGAAGAAUCGAUUUGGUCAGAUGCUGAACACCGGGCCCUCAGGCACAUAUUGAGAGAUCGCCAAACUCAGGCUAUGGCGGUAAUGGCGGCCGUCGCUGCUACUGAUUCGGACUCCGAUGAAACUGAUAACGGGGACGAGGACGAGCUUGAUGGAGCCGAUAGACUCACGUUUCACAUGGCUGAUAUCGAUGAUGAUGAUGAGGAUGGUUCUAGUGAUGAAGAAGUUGAACUAGUCCAAUUUGAUCCCACAGAAUUGAGGAUUGUGCAGCCGACGAGAGAGCAAAAUUUAGUCGCGGUACCUCAACCAGAAACCGAAACCGAAACAGAUAACGAUGGAGAUGUUGAUAUGAUUGGAGCGGACGAUGAGGCAUUGGAAGUACAAGAAGCUACCAUGGCCGGGUAUCCACCUCCGCCACCACCGCCCCCUCCCCCUCAAAGAGUCACUAGAGAUCGUGAUCUUACACCCUCAGAUUCUGAUACUGCAGAGAUACAACCUCUUAUCUCAGAUAAUCCAAUUCCAAGGACUCCUAAGAAUCCAGUAAAGAAAGGAUUAGGACGACCAGCUAGGUAUUGGCUAGAGAGUCCUCCUAGUUAUACCGACAGGGAAUCAGUGCCAUUACAUGAGGAUCUGUGGCAAAAGUUGCGAUUAGACUGGCUUAUUCUGUUUGACUUGAGGAUGUGGAAGAAAGUUCGAGUCGACCUUCGUGAGCUUUACAUCUCGACUGUGGUGUCGAUACCCGAAUUCAAGCGUGUGCUUGGUUUACGCUUUGCGGGUCUUUACACGACUCUUGCGCAACUUUACCUUAUCGCCGACCGGGAACCAGACCACUCCAUUAUCAAUAUUUCUCUGCAAAUGUUGACAACCCCAUCGAUUACGGCUGAGAUCGUUGAAAGGGGAAACUUCUUGACCAAUCUGAUGGCCAUUUUGUACACCUUUCUAACCACACGACAGGUUGGACACCCCUAUGAGAUCUUCCCAAAUGCCACAUUGGCUUUCGACUCAGGAUCUGUAACCAAUCGACGAAUGUACCAUUUCUUCAUGGAUCUGAAAUACUUGUUCGGCUCGGAGCACGUACAGGAAAAGCUCCGCACGGAUGAAAGAUACAUGCUGCAGUUUUUGGACUUGGUCAAACUCCAUCAAGGUAUUUGUCCCAACGUCAGGGCAGUUGGCGAGCAUGUGGAGUAUGAGACGGAUGCUUGGAUUAGUGCGUCGUUGAUUACUCGGGAAAUCAAUCGAUUGUGUAGACAGUUCUCAGAGUCCUUCAAAUGGACUCUCGGUGAGUCAACGGACCCUACUUGUAGGGCAAUCCGAACUGCAGCUAAGGCGGUUAUUCUCAGCUCUUUGGGCACCGAGAGAAAGCGCUUUAUUCAGGCAGAAAUCAAAGACGAAGUAAAAUUCAAGAAAGUGGGUGAUUACGAAUUCGAUACUACCGGGCAGUCGAACAGUGUUGUUCAGCAUUCAGUCGUCAAGUUUGUGGUAGAGUCGCAACCCAUGAGUUUCCAUCAUGCUCUCCACUAUACUCUAUCCUGGCUCAUCGAGUGCGGUAAAAGUAUGCCUCGGGAAGAACUCAUUUUGCUACUUAGUUUCACUACCCCAGAUCUUCUGCAGAAACCUAAGUCUAUGGGCCAAAGAAACAUGCCAAGUCAAGAGUACUCCCCAGAAGAUCAUCUUAUGGCAGCUUUCGACUACCCUUUGCGAGUAUGUGCGUGGUUGGCCCAAAUGAAAGCCAAUAUGUGGGUUCGAAAUGGUAUGAGUCUUCGUCACCAACAAGGUACAUACCGCGGGGUCACCCUGCGCGAUGUAUCCCAUCACCGAGAUAUCUUCCUUCUUCAGACUGCUAUGGUUGUAUGUCCACCCGCUCGUAUGCUGGUCUCGAUGAUUGAUCGAUUUGGUCUUGAACCAUGGAUGAAAGGCUUGUAUGAAGCAAAGUCAGAUGGUGUCGAGGAUGGUCAGAUCCUUGAGAUUGCAGAAGAUUUAAUUCAUCUUCUUAUUGUCUUGAUUAGUGACCGAACAUCAUUGGUUUCAAAUGAUGAUGAUCCUGGAUCCCAUAUAAUGGCCAUGCGACGAGAUAUCACUCAUGUCCUUUGUUUCAAGCCAUUGUCAUUCACAGAGAUCUGUACUAAGCUACCUGAUAAGUUCCAAGACCAGGAAGAAUGUCAAGAUAUUCUCGAUGAGAUGACCAAUUUCAAGCACCCCGAGGGUCUAUCUGAUGUUGGAACUUUCGAACUCAAGGAGCAGUACUUGGAAAAUAUCGAUCCCUACAUCGCUCAUUAUAGUAAGAACCAGAGAGAGGAAUCCGAGAAUACUUACAAGGCUUGGGUGGCAAAGAAGACAGGCAGACCGCUUGCCGGAAUUGUCUUUGAGCCCAAAUUACGACCUAUCGAGUCGGGCGCAUUUUCAGACCUGGCAGCUUUCACACGAACAGGCAUCUUUGCUCAAAUCAUCUAUUAUGCUCUUUUAUAUCCAUUGAUGGCAAAUAAGUUGACACCAAUUGUACCUGUGACGCGAGUGGAAGCAUUCUUGCAUAUGGUCCUACAUCUAGUUCUUAUUGCCAUAUCGGAGGACAGGACAGAUGAAGAUGAGAUGUCGGAAGAGUCUCUCGAGUCGUUCGUCUAUAUCGCACUCACAAGUAAUGCACGAAGCAAUUUCUUGCCUAGCGCUCCUGCAUCAAAGACAAUCGUCGCCAUUCUGGAAAUGCUAUCACGAAAAGAAGAAUACAAAACGUGCCACCCAAAGCUUGCUUUAGUACUGAAGAGAAUGAAACAAAGACGGCCUAGAAACUUCGAGACUGCCUUUUCACGAUUAGGCGUCCCAGUCGAUAGGAUAUCGACAGCUUCGCCUGCAAAUAAUAAUGCCCUCGAAGAUAAGGAGAAGAAAAAGCAAGUUGCACUGGAGCGUCAAAAGAGAGUGAUGGCACAAUUCCAGCAACAACAAAAGAAUUUCCUUGAUAAUCAGGGAGAUAUUGAUUGGGGCGAGGAUGAUGUAAGUGAUUCAGAUAUGGAAUCCGAAGGCGAGAGUUCGAAAACUUAUUACCAAUAUCCUUCUGGAACUUGCAUUCUUUGUCAGGAAGAAACCAAAGACGCUCGUCUCUACGGAACAUUUGCACUCAUGACUACGAGUUCGGUCUUGCGCCAAACAGAUAUGUCAGACCCAGACUUUGUUCGUGAAGCUGUCAAUGCCCCUUCGAACUUGGAUCAGUCUGCCGAAGGUAUUCGACCUUUUGGAGUUUCGGGUGAGAAUCGGGAACAGGUUCACAAGGUCACUUCUAGUGGUGUAGAUAUCGUUACAGAACGGUCCUUCAUUGGCAAAGGGUUUCCAUCCGAAUUCACACGAGCCGGCCCGGUAUCUAUUGGAUGUGGACACAUCAUGCAUUACAAGUGUUUCGAAGUGUACUAUGAAGCUUCAAAUAGACGGCAUCAGCAUCAAAUUGCUCGACAUCAUCCCGAGAAGCUGGAGUUGAAUGAAUUUGUCUGUCCGCUAUGUAAAGCUUUGGGCAAUUCAUUCUUACCCAUCAUUUGGUCUCCAAAGGAAGAGGUUCAUCUUGGCCCUGUAAAACCGACAGAUACUUUUGAUGACUGGGUUGAAAGGUUUGCUGGUGAUUCUCAACAUCCUCGAGCUGAGAAAAUCAACCAAAUUGGCAGCGCUCACAAUUAUGAUCACAAGGCCGACUUUCCUGCAAGCCGACGGAUUAUGCAACUUUUCAAGAAGCAUAAUGAUGACACCAUGGCCAAUCCUUUAGUAUCCAAGAUGCCUGAAUUAUUAAUGGAAGUUUGGGAUCCACCAUCACCGACUCAUUGGUCACCAUUCACGCCAACUAACAUACGAGCUGCUCUUCCACCAGACAUGGCGAACGCUAUCUGGGCCGAAAAUUCUUUGCCCCACUCAGGUGAUAGAUCGUCCAACACGACCUCCUCUGUGCGAGAGUUGACCGAUAUAUACCGAAGGCUCCGAGACUCUAUGACCAAGAACGGAUUGAAGACCAGCCACAAGGUCAAACUCUCACAACACGAAGAGAGAGACUUCUGUUCCAGUGAUAUAUUAGCCAAGGCCCUUGGAUUUUCCAUUUCUGCGGUUGAGAUUCAACAGCGUGGUAUUGCAGCAUUACCCGGACAGACUUUCUUGGAAAGCAUUCCGCAACAAGCUCUUACUCACCUUCGGAUCUUGUCCGAAACUGCAAUGUCUUACGUCACGGUAGGAGGGCUUAAACUUGCUGGAGACAACAGAGUCGCUAGAGAGUUUAGCACAGACUAUGAGUUUCAGUAUCAUCGACUAUUCCAGAAAUCUGUAUAUUCCACUCUCACCGACCCCCUUCUAAUAUCCGAUCCCUUGCUUUUUCAAGAUACCUUUAUCUUCUUGGCUGGAGCCUCCCUAUGUCUCGCGCCUGUUGAUGAUAUUGACAUUAUUCAUCUUGUUCGUCUAUGCUAUCUGGCGGAGAUGACAAAGGUCGUUCUCCAACUGGGAAGGCACAUCAACAAAUCCAAAUGGUUCAAUAUGAUUGAGCUCUAUCGCCAAGAGGGACUCGACAAUUUUGGGGAAUUUUGUCUUCACGUCCGACUAUCUGCCAAUGAGCCUGAGGAUGUUGGGUCUUCGGAUUCUGCGGGUCUACCUGCUUUCGAAACUCUCAAGGAUUGCCGUUCAUUCGUGCAGAAUUACGUACUGGUAUACCUUAGAAAGGUUAUGAUUCUCUUGAAUGUUCGCUAUGGCAUCGCUUUCCAGAACCACAUUCCGUCUGAUUCUGAUAUGGAUGAGCUCGAUCGCCUAACUGAAGCACUCCUCUUGCCGACCUUCAAUGAGAUGUUUUCUCAUUUUGGUGGUAAGGAAGCUGGAACAAUCCCAUCUUUAGUUUCCAGCUGGAUUGAACAUGCGAAUACUUUCAAUCAGUAUUACAUCUCGGUUGGCGCAGAAUAUGGUAGGACCUUCACUCCCGAUGACAUGCUCGAUGAAGUCAUCAGUCCCGAACGAGAUUUAGCCUUGAGGUAUUUCAUCACAGAAGCCAAGGGAGGCGAUGUGGAAGCAUUGAUCAUGAAGUGGCGUUUGAAUGGUUUCAAUAACGGAUUGUGCCUCAGUCACCCUACUAUUUUUGAACUCAUUGGCCUUCCCAAAAACUACGAUACUCUCAUGGAGGAAACUAUGAAGAGACGCUGUCCUAAUAGCAAGAGAGACAUUCAAGAUCCCAUGCUGUGUCUUUUCUGCGGCGAAAUCUUUUGUGGACAGAGUAUCUGUUGUUCUCGAGAUGGUCCUGUGAAACCCAAUAAUGGGCCGCGGGAUAAAAUUGGUGGAGGUCAACAGCACAUGCUCAAAUGUCAAAUGAACACCGCCCUCUUCCUCAAUAUCCGCAAGUGCUGCAUAUUCUACCUCUACCGCACCAGCGGCUCCUGGAUGGUCGCUCCCUAUAUCGAUAGAUAUGGAGAGGUUGACCCUGGUCUCAGACAUAGUCGUCAGUUGUUUUUGAAUCAGAAGAGGUAUGAUGCGCUGUUGCGUACGGUUUGGUUGGGUCAUGGGGUUCCGAGUGUUAUUAGUAGGAAAUUGGAAAUGGAUAUUAAUAAUGGGGGGUGGGAGACUAUUUGA